AACAUCACCACCAUCGACAACUCAACGCCGAUAAUAUAUCCCACUCCGUCGCCACUCUCCCUCCCCGCCGCCGCUCGCCGCCGUCGACCUCACGACCUCAUCUCCCAAGGGGGAUUCCUUCUUCCCGGCGCGCGGCUGUUGUCCGGGGGGCGAGGAGCGGGAGAUGUCGGACUCGGAGGAGCACCACUUCGAGUCGAAGGCCGACGCCGGCGCCUCCAAGACCUACCCGCAGCAGGCCGGCACCAUCCGCAAGAACGGCUACAUCGUCAUCAAGAACCGCCCCUGCAAGGUCGUUGAGGUUUCAACCUCUAAAACUGGGAAGCAUGGUCACGCCAAGUGCCACUUUGUUGCUAUUGACAUCUUUACUGGCAAGAAGCUUGAAGAUAUUGUGCCAUCUUCUCACAACUGUGAUGUCCCGCAUGUGAACCGUACUGAGUACCAGCUCAUUGAUAUUUCUGAGGAUGGAUUUGUGAGUCUGCUGACUGAAAAUGGCAACACCAAGGAUGACCUGAGGCUCCCUACUGAUGACAGCCUUCUUAGUCAGAUCAAAGAUGGGUUUGGAGAAGGGAAGGACCUGGUGGUGACUGUUAUGUCUGCCAUGGGAGAGGAGCAGAUCUGUGCGCUGAAGGACAUCGGCCCGAAGUAACCUCCUGUAUCCCUGCAUGUGAUUACUACUGGCUUUCGGUUAUGAUGGUUUGGGUAUGUAGGAACAAGGAUUCCUUAAAAACAUACAAGAGUCACAACCAUUAAGGAAUUGUAUCGCAAAACUCGUCCCCAGUCAGGCUCUUAUUUAUCUGGGUUUCGUCAAUUCGCUGUCAUAAAUUCCCUCAGUUCCUGUACCCUAAAGCACCAUCCCUAGGGGUUUGUUAACCCUCUGGGUAUUGGUAGCAACUUUCAAUGUGGAGUUGGAUUGUGCUUAAGGUGAAAAUAUCAUUGUGAUAAACCUCUUGCAUUCUGUCAACCAUAGAUUUUGUUCUGAUGUAACCAUGACCACUGCUAAUAGCAUCUGCAGGUGCAACUUUUGACAGUUA